CUUUUAUCACUACCCAAACCGAGCUUGUUCUCUCUUCCAUUCCUGGAUCCUUGAACGACUGAAAAGUUUGCUCUAAGCCACUUUCAUAGGAAGCAAUUUUGUGGCCUUGUCGGUUUUGAUCUGUUCCUUCAAAGGUUAGGUUGUAGGACAUCUGAACCAGAAUAGAUUACUGCAGUUUGUCUAACUAAUUUUAGAAGAAUCAGAAAUGUCUACGCCGACUGUGGAUGUGAAUCAGAAUGGAAAUGUGAAAACCGAGGAUACCCUGUGUACCUUGGCUGAAUUUGAAGAAUGUGAUUUUUCAAAGUUGUUAGAGAAGCCGCCAAGGAUUCUGAAUAUGGAGAGGCAGAGAUCACUCGAUGAAAGGUCCCUCAGUGAUUUAUCCAUUGGGAUAUCUCCACGCCUUUCUGCUAGAGCUACUGAUAUUAAUACUUCCCGCAUAUUUGAGCCACUGGAUUUUAUAUGCUCGCCUGUGGGUAGAAGGUCAGGUUUUAACACACCAAGGUCACAAACUGGUUUUGAGCCACAUCCUAUGGUUGCUGAAGCUUGGGAUGCCUUGAGAAGGUCAUUGGUGUACUUUCGUGGUCAACCAGUCGGGACUAUUGCAGCAUUGGAUAAUUCUGAAGAAAAACUAAACUAUGAUCAGGUCUUUGUGAGAGACUUUGUCCCAAGCGGAUUGGCUUUCUUGAUGAAUGGGGAACCAGAAAUAGUAAAAAACUUCAUUUUGAAGACCCUUCGCCUUCAAUCGUGGGAGAAAAAGAUUGAUAGAUUUCAGUUAGGAGAAGGAGUAAUGCCAGCUAGUUUCAAAGUGCUCCAUGACCCAGUUAGGAACAAUGAGACAUUAAUGGCAGAUUUUGGUGAGAGUGCAAUAGGAAGAGUUGCUCCUGUUGAUUCUGGAUUUUGGUGGAUUAUUUUGCUUCGAGCAUACACAAAAUCUACCGGAGAUACUUCAUUGGCUGAGUUGCCUGAAUGUCAGAAGGGUAUGCGCCUAAUUCUGAGUUUAUGUCUCUCAGAGGGGUUUGACACAUUUCCAACGCUUCUCUGUGCUGAUGGAUGCUGCAUGAUUGAUCGUAGAAUGGGUGUAUAUGGCUAUCCUAUUGAAAUCCAAGCUCUUUUCUUUAUGGCUUUAAGAUGUGCUUUGCUUCUACUCAAGCAAGAUGAUGAAGGAAAGGAGUUCAUAGAGCGAAUAGUUAAACGCCUUCAUGCCUUAAGCUUUCACAUGAGAAGUUAUUUUUGGCUAGACCUGAAGCAGCUCAAUGACAUAUAUCGUUAUAAGACAGAAGAGUACUCCCACACGGCGCUUAACAAGUUUAAUGUAAUGCCUGACUCUCUUCCAGAAUGGAUUUUUGAUUUUAUGCCAGUUCGUGGUGGAUACUUCAUUGGUAAUGUUAGCCCUGCAAGAAUGGAUUUCCGUUGGUUCUGCUUGGGUAAUUGCAUUGCAAUUCUGUCAUCAUUGGCUACUCCUGAACAGUCCACUGCAAUUAUGGAUCUUAUAGAGUCACGCUGGGAAGAGUUGGUUGGAGAAAUGCCAUUAAAGGUUUGUUAUCCAGCUAUAGAAAAUCAUGAAUGGCGGAUUACAACAGGAUGUGACCCCAAAAACACCAGGUGGAGUUACCACAAUGGGGGAUCAUGGCCAGUGCUUUUAUGGCUGCUCACAGCUGCAUGUGUGAAGACUGGACGCCCCCAAAUUGCAAGGCGUGCCCUUGAAAUAGCUGAAACCAGGUUGCUGAAGGACAACUGGCCUGAAUAUUAUGAUGGAAAGCUGGGUCGAUAUAUUGGGAAGCAAUCGCGUAAAGUCCAAACCUGGUCCAUUGCUGGUUAUUUGGUGGCAAAGAUGCUGUUGGAAGACCCAUCUCACUUGGGUAUGAUAGCACUUGAGGAAGACAAGCAAAUGAAGCCCCUUUUGAGAAGAUCAAAUUCAUGGACUUUGUGAUGUUAGAUUAGUUGACUUGUUUACCAUCCAAGCACCUUCCCAUUCUAAUUUCUAGCAUUGGACCUCACCAUCCGUUCAUGUAGAAGGAAAACAAGCACACCUCAAUAAGUCCUUUUUUCAUUUUGAUCCUUGUAGAAUGUAUUAUGUUCCUUUUUAAUUUGCAACAUACUUCAUGCUUGUUCUUCCAA